ACACCCCUUUGGUUCUGUGGGUGUGUAUGGGCGAAACUUGUGCAAUAUCCAGGGCUGUCGUCAACAUUACAUUUUGGUUGUUGUCAUUUUCUAAAACAGGCGAACUUUAAAAGUAUUGGUUGUGUAAUGUGUAUUGUUAUACAGUAAGGGGAUGGUACUUCGCAGUAGAUUAUGAGAAUCCAAUAAUAAAGUUUAUACAAUGCACAAAAUUGACAUGGGAACAAUUGUUUUAUGUCUUCGUAUUGUCGUACAAGCUCGUCAAAUCAACUACAUUAUUUGAAUUUUCACAUUUAGUGAGUGACUAGUUGUCAUAAUCGUUAAUUUGUAGUGUUGGUCGUGCUGGCAGGGGAGGGGGAGGAAGAAUUCUGACGUUUCUGAGUAUCGUGCUGUAAGCAACCUAAGGAGGGCUGGUACUGCACAUGUGGUGGGGAAAGAGAGGGGGCGCAACCGAAGCUUCGGGAUAUGAGUCAUGAGGACCCUAUAGUACAGUACUCGAAGUUUCUGCGUUUAGACAACCGCAUCGUCAAUUUAUCUUAUUAAAUUAAACGGCACUGCAGGACAGUGUCAAAUACCUUCCUGUAGUCAAGGAACACAGCGUCGACCUGAGAACCAACCAUUGUCUACAGCACUGUGGACCUCAUGAAGGAACAGAGUGAGCUGAGUUUCGCAGGAUCUAGAGAACCAUGUCCCAGCAACCAGAAUCUAGCUUGAAGACAGCUGAUGACCUGCCAGAUACUGUGCUACUCAAAAUCCUUUCGUAUCUGCCAUCGGAGUACUUGGUGCAUUUUGCAAGCAGAAUAUGCACUCGAUGGCAGACACUUUGUGGAGAUUACAGUGUUUGGCAAGGGAAAGAAUAUGUGGUCACGGACAUUGGUAUAACGAGAGAGGAUUCAGAAGUAGCAUGUGCUCUGCAGCAGUGUCCAGGUGUGCGACAUGUAAAAUUCCUGCGCCCAGUGAAACCAUCUGUCUUGCAAGCCGUUGGUUUUGAUGGCAUGCUUCAAACACUUGUCUUUCAUCCUGCACAGCAGAUGUCAACAGAAGUGUUACAUCAGUUAUUUGAGCGCUGCCCUCACAUUGUUGCUCUUGGUGUACCAUCUGAUGUUUUGAAGCGGUCUGAUUGUGUACAACUUGUGGCUAGCCUAGAACGCUUGCAGCAACUGGCUGUGAAAGCAGAGAAUCGAGCUGGUUUAAACUUAGGGAUGCUAAGUGAGGGUUGUCCACACAUCACAGAUGUUGAUGCUAUGGAAGUAGUGUGCAAUCCGGUGUCACUUACAUCUUUCUUAAAAAAGAAGGGUAGUCAGUUGCAUGCACUGUCAUUGUGUGGUAUGACCACCAAUGGGGAAUCAGUCUUGCCCCUACUGGAACCAUGCCACACAAACCUCAAGAAAUUAUGCAUUACUCUGGAGAAGGCAAGGGCAAAAGGAUUUUCCAGCACGCUGCCAUUGCUUGGAAGGUUUGAAGCAAUUGUAGAGCUUAAAUUACUGGAGGUACCUGGAAAAGUGUCAAAUGAAUUGACAGAAGCAUUUUCUGGAAAUGGACUACGUCAUUUAAAAUCUGCUUGCUUCAGAGAUAUACAUGGAUUGAGAGGGGCACCACUUGCGGCACUCCUCCGUAAUCGACCAGAACUGCAACAUCUGGACAUUAGUGGGUGCAGGCAGAUUGAGGAUUCAGAUCUGGUUAUUGCUUUGAGUGCCACAGAACCAGACCCCUUACCACUACUUUCGAUAAAUCUCUCUUCUUGUGGCAAACUGACAGACACUUCUCUCAUUGAGGUGGUGCAGAGAUGCCCAAAGUUACAAGAACUGCGCUUAUGUGCCUGCCUUACCUUGGAAGAAAAUGCACUUCAUCCUCUAGCUGGAUUGACCGAUUUGCGAGUACUAGAUGUGUCAAGAUGUUACAACAUCAAGGAAUGGUGGAAACCACUGCUGGAGCUUCAUCAAUUAAGAUGGAUCGAUGUAAGCUAUUUGACUGUUGUUCCUGACCGCUUAGAACAGAUUAUCAAGCAAAAUAAAUUCCUACGCUACAUAGGACUGCAGUUUUGCAAUGGAUUUGAUGAGAUAACAUGUGAAAGAGUGCUUAAGGCAAAUCCACAAUUGGAGCUCAACUACGAUACUGAAUACAUUAAGCAGAAGUGGCAGCAGCCAAAUGAAUAAACUCUUUCAUUAUUGGAUUUAUGCAAUCCAUGAAUUCUAAAAGCGAUCUAAAGUUGGUUCUUAUUAAGAACGAUGUCAGUAUUAUCUGUCAAGUUCAUGAACAAUAAAAAUGAAUUAUUAUUUUUUACCCAAUAUUCAUAGAAAUUUAUGUGACAAUCCCAUACACUAAUUAAUGGGCUGUGUGUGAAAGCAAGGACUGAAAUUGAGUAGUGAGCCAUUAUUUUUGUAUUGUCUUUUUUGUAAUGGAAAUAAAAAUAUGUCUGUUGCUUGUAUAUAUUUUGACACCUGUUUUACUGAAAGAGAGAGAUUGAGUAUCUGAGGCUGUGAAUUGUUGGUAUAUCUAUUCUGCUUGCACUAUUGUAAAAAUUUCUUUUUUUAUCUUAUUUUGUAAGGUUCUGGAUAAACCAGUGUAAUGAACAAAAGCCUUUAAAAUAAAUGUGCAUUGUGCAGAUCUGAAGUGUAA